AUGGCAAAAUCAAAAUGGGAAUCUUUAGAAAAUGAUCAAUUUGCCUCUGAAAAUCAAAGGUCUGAACUUGAAUGGAAAAGGAAACGCAAAUUGGAAAGAAAGCGGAAACGCGAAUUACUGGAAGAAGAAGCAACAAAAGAAGAUCAAAAUUUAGUCUCUUACAGGUCAUAUUUAUCAGCAAAUGUACCCCGUUUGGGGUCCUGCGAUGGUAUCCAGGAUUAUGAAAUCCUAAACAAAAUUGAAGAAGGAUCUUAUGGAAUUGUCUACCGUGCAAAAGAAAAGUCGACAGAAAAAUUAGUAGCUUUGAAGAAAAUAAAGUUCGAUCCUAAUGGGUUUGGUUUUCCCAUCACAAGUCUGAGGGAAAUCCAUUCUUUAUCCAGUGUUCGGCACGACCAUGUGAUGGAGCUGAAGAAAGUCGUAGUUGGUAAUGAUUUGAAAGACAUAUACUUAGUUAUGGAAUUUAUGGAGCAUGACUUAAAGUUUCUUCUGGAUGAUAUGCCUGAGGAUUUUCUUAUAUCUGAAGUAAAAACAUUAAUGCUUCAGUUGCUAGCGUCUACGGCAACCAUCCAUUACCAUUGGUAUCUCCAUCGAGAUUUGAAGCCAUCAAAUUUAUUGAUGAAUAAUACAGGGGAGAUCAAAGUUGCUGAUUUUGGUUUAGCUCGUCCAACGUCCGAACCAAAAUCAAAGUUGACUCGCGUUGUCGUUACUCUUUGGUAUCGAGCUCCAGAGCUUUUGUUAGGAACACCAAGUUAUGGAAGAGAAAUUGACAUGUGGAGUAUAGGUUGUAUUUUUGCCGAAAUGGUAAAUCGCUCUCCACUUUUCCCUGGAAAGAACGAGUUGGAUCAAUUGCAUAAAAUUUUUACUGUCUUAGGGUAUCCUGAUGAAGAAGAUUGGCCCCAGUAUCGACUACUACCUCAUGCCAAUAAAAUAAAGCUUCCAACAAUAAAGACGAAGCCCAGAUUACGAGAAGUUGUUAAAAACUUAACAGCUAAUGGUUUUGACUUGAUGGAACGUCUUCUUUCUCUUAAUCCAGCGAAGCGCAUUUCUGCAAAAGAAGCACUACAGCACCCGUUUUUUUACGAAUCUCCUCGACCUAAAGAUCCAAAAUUUUUCCCUACCUUUCCAAGUAAGGCCAAAGGUGAGAUGCGAGGUCGGAAUUUCAUGUCCGCCAAUACCUCGCAAGACUCUGUGAAAUAA